GGGUGCUGCGGGGGCGGAUGUGGAGGCGGACAGCAGGUCGGCUUCGUUGGGCUCGGAAGGGGCGGAGGGGGCAGACUCUUCCCCGUCGCCCUCGCUGCCCUCGUCCCCGUCCUCGUCAGGAGCUGCUGCUGCUGCGGGGGACCCUGCGGAGAGCCAGAAGCAGGUGCCGGAAGAGGCAGCUGUAGCAGCAGCAGCUGCUCCCCCUCCGCAGGCGCGGGUGCAGCAGCAGGCGGUGACGGAGCCAACGACUCCGGAGGUGGAGGCAGAAACGACGGCAGCAGGUGGGGAUGAGCCGGAGGUGUCUCAGGAGGCUGAGGUGGAGCAGGAGGAGGAGGAGGAGGAGGCACCGUCGGAGGACCCCUCCGCUGCUCUGCGGCGCCUGAGGGACGAGCUGUCGCUGCUGGGGGUGCGGGGCGAUGACAGCCCUUCGCAAACAGAGCCAGGCAGCCUUCCUGAUGUGGAGCAUGCGAUUGCGGCGCUGUCCACGCUGCUAGCCGAAGCCGUCAGGACUGAGCUUCAGGCCCGGGCAGGCAGCAGCAGCAGCGGCGCCUCCCUCCUCCCAACCACCACAGCCGCCAGCUCCUCCCCCUCGCUCACCUCAGAGCGACUGGCCUCCCUCGUCGCCGCAGCCGCCGUAGUGCGCCCCGCGCUGCCGGCUCCGCUGCUGGCGGCGGCAGUACGUCUGCUGGCGGGCAUGCGGGAGGUGCCGCACCCACACAUUGCCCCCGUCGUGGCGGCAUGCCUAGCCGCCGGCUUCACCCCGCCGGCACACCAUCUGGAACCCCUCGCCCUCUUGGUCUUCUCCUCUCGCAAAGCUGAAGCAACUGCCUCGAGUAGCAACAGCAGCAGCUCCCUGCCUCCUCCUUCUCCUCAGCAGCAGCACCAGCAAAAGAAACAGGCGGUUCGCGCCCUGCACACCUGCGCUGCCGGCCUAAGCCGCCUGGGCUACCGCCUGAACAACAAGCAGUUCGGCGUCUGGGCGGACGCCGUGUCUCGCUGCCCGCACGCCCUGCGCCCCGCUCCGCUGCUGCAGCUGCUGGCCGCAUGCGUGGAGCGCGGCUUCACCCUGCGGUCCGGAGCGGUGGCGGGUGUGGGGCCCGGCGCCCUGCUGGCUGCCGCGCUAAGUCCGCCUGCUCGUCUGCAGCAACUCUCAGCGCGCGAGCUGGUGACCGUGGCCCGGUUCGCGGCGCAGCAGGGGCUCAAGCUGGGUGCUGCGCAGGCGGCGGUGUUGCAGGGGCGGCUGGGCGCGGGAGCGCUGCGGGAGCUGUCCCCGGGUGAGCUGGUUGAGCUGCUGCAGGCGCUCAAGUCCGCAGGGGGGCUGCAGCCCUUGGAGCUAGCACACAGCGGUAGUGGCGGCGCCAGCAGUUGCAGCUGCUGUGGUGGUGCUGCUGCGGCUGCUUGGCUGGAUGCACAUGCUGCCGCGUUGCUGCCGGAAGCGGAUACGCUGCAAGUGGAGGAGGUGGUGUCGCUGCUGCAAACGUACGGCGAGCUGCGGUACAUUGCGCCGCCGGCGCUGCUGCUGGGGCUGUCUCUGGCGUUGGAGCCGCAGCUGCCGGGUCCCGCGCCGCUGAGCCGGCUGCUGCCUGCACUGGAGCUGCUGCUGCUGCAGGGGCGGCUGGAGGGCGGGUUCCGACCUUACAAAGACCUGGCGACGGCCAUUAAGGAGGACUUGUUGCCUCGGCUGGUGCUAGCUGCUCUGGUGCAGCAACCCCCGCAGCAGCAGGCUGCAACAGGGGGCGCGGCGGCUGCUGCUGCUGCUCCCGCCGCCGGCAGCGUGUCAGCAGCCACAGCCGCCGCGCUUCCGCAGCCGGAGCGGCUGAGUGCGGUUCAGCGGUUGCAGGCGCUGGAGGUGCUGGCGGCGGCGCGCGUGCGGCCGCACCCGGCUCAGCUGGCGGCGCUGGUGGACAUGGGUUUGGCGGGGGAGGGGCUGAUGGAGGGGUUGAGCGGGGAGCAGCUGGCGCGGCUGCUGUGGCACUGCGCGGCCUUCCGCGCGCUGCCCUCUUGGAGGUUCCUGGGAGAGUGGCUGCAGCUGGCCGCCAGGUGCAUGUGGGGCAGUGAGGAGGAGGAGGAGGAGGAGGAGGGUAGCAGCGGUGGAAGGAGCAAGGGUGGUGCGAGGAAGGAGAGUGAGCGGAUGAGUCCGCAGGCGCUUGUGCGUGUGGGCUGGUGCCUGGGGCAGAUGGGGGUGCAGCCGGAGCGGGGGUGGCAGGAGCGCUACCAUGCGGCGUUGCUGGCGGCCCUGCCGGUGUUGGGUGCGGAGGAGCUCAGCCUGGCGGCGCACUCGGCGCUGGUGCUGCGGGUGCGCCCGGAGGAGGAGUGGAUGGCGGCGCUGAUGGCGGCGGUGCUGGGGCGCAUGGGGGAGGUGGAUGCGGCGGCGGCGGCGAGGGUGCUGCACUUCGCGGCGAGUGGCGAGGUGGAGGUGUCCCGAGAGUGGAUGCAGGCCUUCUUCCUGCACACCCACCACCUGGUGGACCCCCACGCCUCCUCACACCCCGCCUCCGCCUCCGCGCCCACACCCACCUCCCGCCAGCCCGCCACCCCCGACCAGAUCACCGUCAUGCUGCGAGCCCUAGCCCAGCUGGGCUUCCGACCGCCUCAUCCCUGGC